AUGGUGAACACGGCCGCAGCGCCCCAAGACGGGGCGGUCCUUGUGGACCUCGUGCGGUCCCUGGACCUCAGGAAGUCCGGCCAGGUGCAGGGCAAGACGCCGGGCGCCAUCAGCUGCAUGUGCUUCCAUCCCUCCCAGCCCGUCCUCUGCGUCGUCGUCGCCCAGGAAGCCUUCUCCGCCCUCACCCUAUACGAUGUGGUGUCUGGCGGCAAGCUGGGAGGCGUGGAGGUCAGGGCCAGCAUCCUGACGGUGAAAUUCACUCCGGAUGGCGCCCAGUUGGUUUUCGCGUGCCGCGACUGGAGCAUCCAGCUGCUGCGGCCCACGGCGUCGUCCUGGCACAGGUCCCUGCUGCUCAGGAGGAAGGACGCCAAGCCGGCGGAGAACAUAGUGAUCGCCGUCGCUCGCGGUACCAAGCCCACGGUGUUCUUCGCGGCCGUGGGGCAGCAGAGGCUCACAGUGGUGUUCGGCGCGCGCCACGCCAGCAAGGGCAAGGACAACAAGCCGUUCGAGGUGUUCAAGCUGGAGAAGGCGGCCAUCGUGGGGCUGGCCAGCCAUCCGGUCGACCCGCACCAGGUGCUGGUUCAGUUCGGCGACGGGGUGGUGGGGGGCUAUCUGGUGGAACCCCAGGGUGUGAAGAGGCUGUACUACCUGGGAGAUCCUCUGAACAAGGACGUGGCCUUGACCCACAGCACACUCCAAGUGGUGCCCCACCCGCAUCUGCCGGGCUCGAUCCUCAUCUUGGCCGCCUCCACCGCGUGGGUGGGAAUGUGGCAGGGUGUGGGCCGAGGCGAGGCACGCAAAGUGGAUGCCUUUGCGCUGGGGGAUCUCCACCAAUUGGUGGGUCUGGGCCUGGACAAGGCAUCGGGGCUGCUGCUGCUGAUCGGAGAGAAUCAGGGGCAGCAGCUGGAGACGUGGGCGGCGAAGGUGAUGGGUGGCGCCUCCGGCGGAAUGAGCCUCCUGCCAGUGCCCUCCCAGCUGAUGCGGGCAGCACUGGACCCCUCCCUGGGAUCGCUGCCUGUGGCUGCCCCUACCGGUCCCACUACUGGCACCAGCAGCUUGAUGCUGGACCUCUGGGACGCUCCUCCGCGAUGGACACAGGCAACCCAGAAGUCGAUGGCCCCACCAAAGGUGCAUGUGACAGAGAUGCUGAUCCAUCCGGUGCUGGGAUCCAUAGCCUGCCGUUUGCCACCCCCCAUGGUGCAGCGUGUGGGAUACCAAGUGCCACUUUGGCGUGCGGUGGAUGGCUCCCAUCCCCAGUGGGGGUUCCCGGCAGCCAUGUUGUCCCCACUACACACUUCCUUGCAGUUUUGGGCAGGCAACAAGCGCGAUGCUGAGGGGGGUUAUCUUGGGCUUCAAUUUCCACCAUACAUGCAUUUCUGCCAGGACAGCAGGAUGAUGUCGUACGGACUAACAACUGGGAAGGUCACAGACUUUGUGUCUUUUGCACAAGCAGCCGAUGGGCAUCCACCCACUGCAGAGUUCCAAGUCCACAGCGAAAGGCAGCAAAUGUGGCUAGUGUUCCUUCGGCAGUUGGGCCAGUCAGCUUCUGAUGCAGCAGAAAGCGGGAACCAGAACUGGCGCUUCACUCUUGUUCGAGAGAACGAAGUUUCUAAGGCGUCCAGUAAAUGGAGCAUGCCAGGAAUAUCAGGUGCCUUCAUAGGUCCACAAGAUGCCCACAUCGCAAUUCUGUCGCCCAAGCUGGAUAGGGUACACAUCUAUGCGACGAAAGGAAAGUUUCCUGGUCAGGCUGCAAGGCUGAAUUUGGAUGUGCCAGCAAUGGGACUCAGGUUCCCAGCUGUGUACCCUGGUCCCCCUACCACCCGCAUUCCGCAUUGGGACUCUCCAGAAGGAUCUCAAAACCUCAUGGAUCGAGAGCCGACUGCAGAGGAGGGUGACGUUGACCAGGAUGGAUCAUAUGGGGUCAUUCUGUGGGUGACAAAGAACCAAAACCUGGUGAUGAAAAGGGCAUGGGGUGUGAAGAUCAGCCAAGCAUUGUCUCGGGACAUGGACACUGCGUCGGUUGCAGACACCGUGAACAUGGCGACGUUGGGUGAGGGUGAGGUGGUAGUACAGGUCGCGUGGCAGAGGCUGGAGGACAACCUUAGCUCUGGCUACCCGAACUCUGCAGUGUGCGCGGUCCUCACUAAUCGGCGGGUGAUGAUGUUCAUGGCUGACGGCAGCCUGGUAGCAUCUCACCCUGGAACCAAGUCGAGCCCUGCGGCCUGUGCACCUCCAGUGUCGUGCCUUUGGGUGGGCCCAGCCCUGCUAUUUUCGACCAUUGCUGGCCAGAUAGUGCAGCUGAUGUGGGAUGGCAGCACUGCUCUCAUCUGUGGGGCCCCGUCGCCAACAGGGAUGGUCAUUCUUGGCGGGGCAUUGGCAGAUAGACUGCUGCUUGUCACACGAGAUGCCGACAUGUGGGGUUGGAAGGUGAUUGUACGAUGGACAUCGAUGGCCCAGCCACUGCUGAUGGGCUGGGCUACGCUGGCAGCCUCGGCUGUUGUGUCUGCCCCAUGGGCCGAUUCAUACGCCAUCCCGCAUUUAAAGCUUGUUGUGGAGAACUUUGACACUUCGAUCGUGGCGGUGCCUCUCGUGCGAACUUUGGUUAGGAGUGGUUUCCCUGCCAUUGCACGUGUGAUCGCAGACAGCUGGCCAACGCAGAUGGAGAAGGUCAAGGUGGCAUGCCGUGUGGCUGCUGGCGAGUGGGAGGCUGCAAAGAACAGCCUCCUCAACGAACACCAAAGGUCGGUCUACCACCCAGGUUCUCCACCAAAGGGGAGCGACCUGUGGCAUCGGCUUGUCAGCACUGCACUGGGUGCUGUGAGCCAGGGCCACUGGGAGGAUGCUGCCAAGCUGCUUGAAGCUGCUGGUGAAUGGGAGCAGUCGCUUGCGUUCUCGGCCAUGGCUCUGGAUUCGGACCAUAUUGGGGGCACAGCUGCAGCUGCAAGGGAGAACACUGCACUGUCACAGGCUCGCAAAGAAGAGCUCUUCCAGUUGUCCCUCCGUCUCGGGGAUGCAUGCCGCCAUUCUCAGGGCCCGUCACCACUGUCAAAGCUCGAUGGCGCUGGGACCUUUGUGUCCAAGGGGCCCAAGGACUGGUCUCUGGCGGCCAAGGGCAGUGUGCCCUCUAUGGAGGCCGUUGCAGACGGUCCUGGUGCAGGACAGGUGCCUGCAUCUGAUGUUGGGACAAUAACCCCAUUGCACCAGGAUGACAUGCGUGGGUAUGUGCCAGGCGCCGAUGCCAACGUAAGGAUCCUCAGUGCUCAGGCUAUUGAGAAGCAGGACAUGGAUUUGGCGGAUGAUGCGGCUUUUGCCGGGUCAGCACCUGACAUUGUGCCAGAGACAGGGCCAGACAGUGACGAUGAUCGGAAGGGGGCGGCAUCAGGGGCGGCAUCGGUUGCAGCUGCCUUCAAAGAUCAGCUGGAUGAUGACGACUUCUUCAGUUCGGACGAAGAAGACACGGACAGCUCUGUGGGAGGCCCUGCAGGCUCAGUGGCUUCGUCCUCAUGGAGCCGGAAGUUCAAGAUCGAGAUCAAGGGGAAGGAUGCAGGAGGCACUGCAGGAGGUGCCGAUCAGCUGCGAGAGGCUGCCAAAAACCUGCGUAUUGGUGGCCUGGGCCUUGGACCAAGCAUGGCUGGUGCUGGUGGAUUCCAGGCUGCACUGAAAGGCAGUCUCACACGACAGGACAGCAUGUCGUCAGUGUCAUCAUCGGGCACAUCUCGCGAGCCGCAUGCUGCUGCACCAUCUGGUGAUGGAAUGUUUGGUGACAUGUCUUCGCUUGCCCCUGCCCCUGGGGCCCCAGGUCAUGGCAUCCGUGGCAUCGGCACUUCAAAAGGUGGAAGUUCAGAUUCGUUCCCCUCCUUUGCCACAAAUUUCGGUGCAACUCCAGCACCAGCUGCACAACCAGUAAUCCCCAAGGCAACUAGGCCUCAGAGCAUCAGCGAUGCAGAUUUCUUUUCAGGAUUGGGAUUGCCAAUGGGCACGGGCACGUCGGCAGCUGCGCCUUCAGUGCCUUCUGCCCCUCCGGCUGCCUUGGGCACCGGGGUUGGUGGGUCGGAUCCGCUAGACUUUUUCGCUUCUUUUGCUCAACCAGCAGCUGAAGAUGGAGAGGCCCUGUUCAAGAAGGGUAUGGAGGCCAUGGAAUCUGGGAGGUGGGCUGAUGCCGAUGAAGCGCUGUCCAAGAGUCUGACAACCCCAGCUUCAGCAUCCGGGCCAGGGUCUGCAAAGAUCGUCCAGUAUCUCGCAGCAGUAAAAUUGAUGAAGGGAAGGGAUGGCGCACCACAGAGUCGCUCUGCUCGACUGCUUCGGUACGCUGCAGCUCUGAAAAUCGACGAGAGGCACAAAGCAGCACUGGCACAGAGCGCCGUCACAGAGAACAUGCAGAUCGGCAAUUAUGGCUACGCGGCUGGCCUCCUUGACCAGCUGAUCACUGCAUCGGUGGGGUCUGCAUCAACAGACUACAUGUCCAGACUUCAGGGCCAGCUAAACGAAUGCGACCGUAAGGGUGCAGGAAACCAAGACAUUCCAAACGACGAGGAUACAGCCAUUUUCGCAGAGAUCGUAGGUUCUGCAGGGAAGCCAGAGGAGGUCGAGAACAUGGUGCAGCCGAUGGUCGUGGGAUGA